GCAAGCCAUGGAAAAGUCCAAAAACAGCUACCCGUCGCUCUCAACUUCCGCGUAGCUUGCGUAAGAGCUGGGACGAUCGUUUAAAAGAACGAAAGGAAAAAGAAGCUACGAAACUUUUAGAACAAAAAUUGAAAGAUGAAGUCGCGUCCGAGAAAAAGCGGAAACGUGAAAUUGCUAUAAAGAAGAAACAGGCUUUAGAAGAAAAGGAGAGACUUGAAAAGUUAGCUGCUCUCUAUUCUGCCAAAAAAUUAAAGAGACUUCAAAAGAAACAAGGAAGAAGCAGCAAAAAAAAAUAA